AUGCCGCAAGAAGGGGGACCGAACCCCACGCCGACCGAAACGCCGGCCUUCAGAUGGGAGUUCCUUGUCUACCUGGUUAUAUGCGGUGCUCUCGCCGUCUUCUUCCUCCUCUACUUCAACCGAGCCUUUGGAUCCCUGCUCUCGUGGGGCAUACGAACGUACACAUGGCAUCGCUACCGCCUCUACAUAGACAUACAGGCGCUCCAGGUCUCCCUUCUUGGCGGACGCAUCUUCUUCACCGGUCUACGAUAUCACGGCAACAACGAGACGUUCCUGAUUCAACAUGGCUAUGUUACAUGGCGAUACUGGUUACGUCGAGUGCGCGAGGUGGAUAUAAAGGCCUCGGCGCAGCAGCAAGCUGAGCAGGCUUCCGCCGCUGCAAACGGACGACAUUCGAAUCUGCCCUGCCGCGUCACCAUGUCCCUGGCUGGUCUGGAAUGGUUUAUAUAUAAUCGAAGUCCCGCCUAUGACAGCGUUCUGGCUGGUCUGAAGGAGCCCUCAGCAACUGCCGAGAACGUUUCGACGGCCUUCGAGACCAAAGACGAAAACGCGUCGAUGAGAAACCGAGGGCAGAGGACGAAUGAGAAGCCGGAGCCGUCACCGGAUUCCGCAGAACAUGAAAAGGAGACAUCUGGAGCAGCUCUGCUCUCAAGGAUUGGCAAUGCCUUUGGACGUCGUGGAUCUUCGGCCAGUCAGACUAGUACGCCUUCCGAUGCCCCGGCCGGCAGCAGCGAUGAUGUCCAGACGGACUCCGAUUUGCCGUUCCUUUUGCAGCUGUUCCCAAUCUUUGUGACGUGCCAAAAGGCAGCAGUAGUCGUGGGAAACGACAAUACCAAGGCUAUCUUGAUUGUCAAGGCCGAUGGGCUUUCAGGAGAAAUUGACGCCUCAAAGACAUCCACUCCGGACCCGUACAAGCAGAUCUUCAAGAUCAAGUUCCAGCACCCAAUCGUAGAGAUGCGAGAGAAUGACGACUUCAAGGAGGACCAGGCAACGAGGGCGAGCCGUGAAAAACAGGCCGCCCAGGAACCUAGCCCUACCCACAAGACGUCUUUCUUUCGGCGGCAGCGACGCCGCACGCUCGGGACGUUAAGGAACCUGGUGCCGUACUGGCGGAAAUCCGUCGAAUCCUUCUCUCUGGGCUCGCGCAGUCCACUCACGACCGCGGUGUCCCAAAUACCAGGCUCCAACCAAUGGCAAGGCCUGGCCCGCUACUUGGACGAAGACGAGCAGGAUUCAAGGCUGCGGUGGGCGGGCGUCGAGUACGCUGCCGAGUCCACCAUAGUGGACAGUCCAGAAGGGACGUUGACCGUCUACUGGGAUGUCGUAGGCAAGGUGACGGCCGAAGCCGCUAGCCGACGGUCAAAGGAGAACGCGGCGACAUACAUCAAUGGUGACGAGGCUCCUGCAUGGGGCAUGAGUCUUGCCAUCAAGGGCGGCGUAGUCAAUUACGGACCUUGGGCAGACCGACACAGGGCGGACCUUCAGCGCGUCUUUGUUCCCAGUUUGUCAAAAGACGCCGUUCCUGCGACCCCUUUGGAGGAGGGUGCCUAUCGCGUUCCUACUCAGUUCAAAUUGUUUGUCGAGUUGGACGAUGAGGUGACGCUGCGUAUCCCGACUCGAGAAGAUUCGAAGAAUUGGAAGUGGAAGGGCAAAGAGCCGCCCAUGAAGUCUCCGCCACAGCCGCAUAAGCGGAAGCAGAGAAACCGUGCAAAGAAGAACUCCAAGACAGACGCCGCACCCACACGCCCGGGAGGCUGGCUUGACUUCACCGUGCCUGGCAAUUCCACAAUCUCCUUCACCAUGGACAUGCUUGCCAGUCCGUCGGGGUACCAGAUGAAGCUCGAUGUCGACCUGCCCAGCACUGAGCUCGCGACCAGCGUGAACCACGAGCUUCUCUGGCGUUCAGGGCCCCAACGUAUAUCCUGCGAUCUAUCCACACCCCUCAAAUGGAACACCCUCAGGUCGUGGUACUUCGACAUUGUUGCAGAUGGAAUGGAACUCUUUAUUUUGAGGGACCACGUCUUCCUCAUCAUAGACUUGAUCGAUGACUGGGCCUCGGGGCCGCCGGCCGAGUAUCUGGUCUUCACGCCCUUCAGAUACUAUCUCAAUCUCGAGCUCCGCGACGCCACGCUUUAUCUGAACGCUAAUGAUGGCAACAUCAUCAACAAUCCCACCGAUCUCGAGGAUAACGCCUACGUUGUAGCCAAGAGCCCCUCCCUCAUUGUAAACUCCUGCAUUCCGAUUGACAAGUUCCGACCCAACAUGAACACCGUACCAUUUGUUCUCAGAGCCGAGACCUUCUCGCUGUGGCUACAUGUACCACCAUGGAAUACGCAGGGCACGUUCCUUACUUCGAAAGAAAUCGGCCACGGCGAGAACUUUGAAGUUGACGGGAAAUAUCACUAUAACGCCACUACAUCUCCGGCCAACAUCGAUACCCUAGAACUCAACCUAAGUCUCCAGUCUCCUACAGCAACAAUUUACGGAUUCAUUAUACGAUAUGUCAUGGUUCUCAAGGACAACUACCUCGGUGACUAUAUUCACUUCAAGACGCUCGAAGAGUACCAAGACCUCUUGCGGCUCAAGGAAAGCAACCCUGAUGCGGAACUCGCAAAUCGCCCUCCCCCGAAAAAGUCGAAUGACCUGGAUGUGAUUCUAAGCGUCAGAAUCGACGACCUGCGUCUGCUGUUACCUGCCAACCUGUACUCUAGUCAACGCAAUGUCCAGGUCGAAACCGCUGGCCUGUCUCUAGACCUCCGAUUUACCAACUACUAUAUGGACUUGCAGGUUAAUCUCAACCCCCUGAACCUGUCUCUCGGAAAUGCAGAGUCGGGCUUGGAAACGCCCAUAAGCGCGGUCUCCAGUACCCAAUUAUUCAUUGACGGCCUCACCAUCUACGGCCACCGUCUAUUCGGGCUCCCUCCCAGUGAACCGACAUACAUGUGCAACUGGGACAUCUCCGUAGGCACCGUAUCAGGAGAAUGUUCUGCCGACUUCUUGACGGCACUGAUGGGCGUGGGUAAAGGUUUCGCAUUCGAAUUCGACGAUGACGAGAACGCUUUGAUACCGCUCUCUUCCGUCAUCGUCUACGACGUCACUUUCUUGAGGGUGGCUGUCGAAGCGGUCCGCGUUUGGUGUCACGUUGACGAAGCGGCAUUCCUUUUCUCGACCGGUACACUCGAUAUCAAAUUCAACGAUUGGGCCCGCACGCACUACUCUAGAAGAGCCGACAUCAGACUCCCGGAUCUGCAGGUUUCGUGUGUCAAUUCGGAAUCGGCCAUGAGGCACAAGUGGAAGUCUCAGCAUGGCGUCGAAACAGACGCAUUCUUCCAAGCUAGUAUACGUGUGGCAAUCAUUGGAAGAAAGUUCCAUUUCUCCAAAGAGCGCAAGCUGCAGCAGGAGCUCAUCCGUCGCGAGGAUCAACGGGCUGGGCGAACUGAAUUUCUGCUUCUACCAGGGAUCUUGGAGGAAACGCUUCCCGACCAGCUCGACCCGCCGGCCCAGGGCUUCCCGCCGGUUCCGCACCCGAAAGUCUUGGAUGGCGCCCAGGGAGACCAGAGGUCUUUUGACAGUCGCUCAGCCUUUAGUCGAUCUCGUCCUCUCCGCCACAAGAGCUCAUUCCUGUCUACCUCCACCGCCUCCAGCACUAGCAGUGUAGUGAGGCCCAGAAGCUCAGUCAGAUCAAGAGCAAAGUCCAGACAGUCAGACAUGUUGCAACCGGACGGGCGAGGAACGCAUCAGCGAGAUGUUUCUACCUCUACUGGCCGACACUCGGCCUUUUACAGCGCCAUUGGAGACUUUAGAGAUGCAAGUCACCAUUCGUCAGUGGCAUUCUCGAGCCAAUUCUACACCCCGCCGUUCCCACUUGAGAGUGUUCGACCCGACAUGUCAGAGGCCGUCAUGCAAAGCAUUGAAGACGAGGAAGAUGCAUCCGCGUUUGGCUUCUCAGAUUUUAGUCUCGACGACAUUGACCCCGAUUCUUUGGCAGAAGAUCGUGCUCACAACAGCAUCAUACUAGAAAUUCCAUCGGGCGUCACUGCAUUCUUGAAUCCUUCAGCGGUCAAGAACGUGUCGCUAUUGCUCGCGGCUCUGCAACCGAGCAACCCGGACGACAUUCUCGACAGCCUACAGAUAUCAUCAAUGACCGACAUCUUUGACCUCCAAAAGAAGAGGAAGAUUGCCGGUGAAAUCACUGAUAUACUCGUCAGGGUUCCAAAAGCCAGCAUCCGUUUCCUGAACUCUUCCACCAUCGACCGUCUUAAUCCCGGCGGGGAAGAACAGGACCAAUACGAUGUGACGGUAUCAAGAUUGUCGCUGUCUCUCCGCUCGACUGAUGCGUGGGAGGACCCAUCGAAUCCCGUUGAGAGCAACAAGAGAACGUCUGUCCUGUUAAAGCUUGGAUCUGCCGAGGUCUCAGCUUCGGAACGACUUUCAGGGGCUGAAGAGAACCAAGCAGCGUUCAUGGCGCAGAUCGAAAGCGUCAUGGUGUCACUCGGCUCAAAGGACGUCACUUACAUUGACGCAGACAUUGGCAGCAUCAAGAGCAGCACGGCAUCAGAAAAGAUUGAGUACCUUGCGUCACUCAUCCACAGGACCGGAGUCGUCGCUGCGGAGCUCGGCGAGGUACUAGGGCAGACGAUGUCUCGGCACGAGGACCGCAUCAAGCAUUUUGUCUACAAGCUCAUGACCGAAGGUCACCCCAUUGGCGACCCUUCCUUCUUGACUCGCCCAUCGGCAGUCUUGCGGUCUGCCACUGAGCAUCUGCGAACAUUUGAUUCAUGGAAGAUGGCUGCGAGGCUUCGUCAAGUAUGGAUACAUUUGCCGACGGCCUUCAAAGAAGACCUGCAACUGAGCUGCCUCGCGGCAUCGGCCUCGCCGCCCGCUGAUGCUUCUCAGCGCGUCAUUGAUGCCUUUCAACGAUGGCGCAGCUGGGACUUGUACGACGUGGCUGAUUCCUCACUGAUCAAGAACGUUUUCGGCGCAAUAAAGGUGGACGACAAGCCCGCAUCGCCCGAUCUGCCCAUCUUGGCCGCCCUGCGCCUGAAAGACGUCCAGUUGCUCCUAGACCCUGGGCCAAAAGAAAACAGAAUCGUGUUUUCCGACUUGACGACGAGGCUGGAGAAGAAAAGAGUGCCAAACGCCGAUGGCACAGAAGAGAUGCCGAAGAACAUGACCGUUCUCAAUGUGUAUUGCGGCGAAGCAGCCGUCAUCUUCAACUGGGAACUUUGCGAGCUAGCUGAGGAUGUCCUGCGACUGUGCAACAAAUCCAGCCGGACUGCCAAAUCGUCUCCAGAGCCCAAGACAGAGCCCAAAGAGGAUAUUGCCUCGGCCAGCAAGUCGAAAUCCCAAAACGCAUUCCACGUUGUGUUGGCCAUUGGGCGAGGCUCCGUCGAGGUGGACACUAUCAACCUCAGCGCCACCUCUCUCGGCCAUAAUAUGAAAGUAUCCUGCUUGGUUGAUGCGUACGAGAAGACCGGCUCGUCCAUCAACUUCAUUCUCAGCUGCGAUGCCGUGACAUCCCGCCUUCAUCAUCGAUCGGAACUGCUGGGGCUUUUCCAGAUCAAGGACCCAAGCAUUAUUGUUUCUCACGAACUCUUGGAGACAGACACGACAUCUUGUCACACAAUCAAAUCGACGGCCACCAGUCGCACAUUGACUCUGGCUGUGAAGCAAGAUCCCCUUUACCUCGUCGAAGUUGCCGACUAUCUGGUCAAGGACGAGUUGACGCAGAUACACAAGCUCCAGAAACAGUUGCCGGAGUCCCCGGCGCCACCUCGAAGGAACAGCGUCAAAAUUGCCGAACGUCUCUCUUCCUUCCGAGUCAACGUUGCAAUGUUCCUGGACGAGUACCGUAUCAGCGUACCAUUGCUGCAGUCAAUGACUUAUAACAUUUCGGGUGUUGUUGCACGGGCAGCCGUGGCCGCCAACUUUGGAAAGGAGCUCAUUUUCGACUUUGAUGUCAAGGAGAACUCCCACGAGGUCCGCAUGGAUGUCAGGGACCGACAGCACAGCAUAUCGAUUCUCCGUAUCCCGCCGACCAAUGGUCGCAUCGUCAGUCACAUUGGACAAGGGGAGCAUUCGGUGUCGGUGUUUGGCUCUGUAGAGCUCGUGCAGUUGGACGCCUCUGCGGUUUACAGCCUUCUGACAGCUCUCAACCGACCCCAGAUAUCAAGUGCCGUCACCGAGCUACAGGAGGGUACAAAGGCAAUCCAGGGACAUAUUAGUGAAAUUUUUGGCGAAAAGGCGACUCCCAAAGAGAAGCCAUCGACCGAACCCGAUUCGAAUCUCAUCUACACCAUCCAUCUCACCCUAGCCGGGAUUGAAGUGUUUGGAAACACACCCCUUGUGUCCGAAAAGGAUCCUACGGCGUGUCUCUCAUUCAAGCUCGACAGAGUGCACCUAGAGGUGGCCAACCGUCGCGGUUCCCAGGGGCCCAUACUGACUCAACCAGAACUGCACAUCAACCUGCGCCAAAUUCUGAUCGAUGUGCAGAAAGGCAGGGAAAACGCUAUGAGAUCCUGCGGCAGCCUCGCUUUGGGCGCUCUCAUCUCUAUGAAUACGCGAUGCAUCGAGGACGGUACAGAAGAGAGGUCAUUCAACUUCAGAAGCGACGGCCUGGAGAUCAACUUGUCCCCGGAAACCGUCUCAACGGUGGUAGCCGCCCUGGGUUAUAUGGGCGACAAGAUCAAAGACCUCGAUACGUCGCGCGAGCUCGAGUACUUGCGCAAGAUUCGACAGACAAGGCCCCGCAUCGCCAUUAAUGAUCAUGAAGAAGCAGAGGAAUCCGAUAUUAUUGACUCGUUCCUGUCGUCAGUUGUCUACUGCUUUGAAGUGCGCGACACGCAGAUUUCCUGGCUCGUUGGCGACCCCUCGGACGAGCUGCUACCGUUAGCGGCCAGCAAAGAAGAUCUCAUCUUGUCGGUCCAGCUCGUCAGCUUCGGAACACGCCAGACGAAAUCAGCCAGGCUCUCGAUCGAGAACUUUCAACUCCAGAUGGUCCCUCCUGGCCAGGACAAGAGUCUCAGAUCGCUCCACUCGGCGCUGCUUCCCGAGGUCGUCUUCAACAUCGCCUACGUGUCGAACCCAAACACCCGCAGCUUGGCAUUCCAGGCAGUUGGCAAGUCGCUCGACCUGCGUCUGACCUCGGGCUUCAUCAUCCCUGCCGCAAUCCUCAAGGAUUCUAUCAGCCUGUCGAUGCAGAACGUACAGAGAGCAUCCCAAAACUGGAUUACGGGGACCGCUCCGCCCAAGGUCGAGAAGGUCGACGAGAUCAAGGAACCGGCGCAACCGCAGAGAAGCAUACUCGGCACAAAGCGCCUGGAGUCUCUGCUAGUAGAUGCAGACUUUUCGGGUGCCGUCGUUUACGUAUCAGGAAAGAAGCCAACAGACGGACUGCGUGGGAGCUCGAGGACGGGGCGUCCCUCCUUGGCAGGCAAGUAUGGCCAGUUCAGCACGGAUGACACCGGCAGCAGCACUGUUCUCAGAUCGCCAGGUCUGGCCUGGAAGUUUGAGUAUCGCGACAACGGAAACGAAGACCCUUCUCUGUAUGGCGAAAUCAAGAUUGACGCCUCGAGCAACAUCUUGUAUCCUUCCGUAGUACCACUCAUUAUGGACAUGACUACAAGCGUCAAAGAAGUCGUGGGAAAGGACAAGGACACGCCCGCGGCAGCUCCGACACCGGUGGCCGCGGCGAAGCCAAAGACUGGCAACGAGGAUAACAUCCUUACUGCUGAUCCGAAUGCCGUCAUUGGACGCUUGAAGCUGAACCUGGGUCUUCGGAUCUGCCGCCAGGAGUUUUCGCUAAGCUGCCAACCCAUUGCACGCGUGGCCGCGACAACUUGCUUCGACGACAUCUACUUUACCGUCAACACGGUACGCUCGCAGGAGCAAGGCAACUUCUUUUCCAUUUCGGGAGCGUUCUCCAAGCUGCAGGCGUCCGUUCAGCACGUCUACUCCCGAGAAUCCACAGGAAGCUUUGACGUCGACUCGAUCGUGCUGUCUCUUAUGAACAGCAAGCACGUCAGUGGAACGAGCGGUGUUUCUGCCAUUCUCAAGGUCAGCCCGAUGAACGUGUCCAUCAACGCCAAGCAACUCCAGGACUUUUUGCUGUUCCGCGAGAUUUGGUACCCGACGGAGCUGCGGAAUACCUCGACAGCACCGGUCGCGAAGCUUAACACGGAAACAUCUCAACAAGGUCAUCUAGUGCAGAGGUAUCAGCAGGUGGCCGCAACAGCAGCGUUUCCAUGGACGGCUACCAUUUCCAUCACGUCUCUCGAUGUCAGCGUAGACAUGGGCCAGGCCAUUGGCAAGUCAGUCUUCGCCAUCAAGGAAUUUUGGGUCUCGUCAAAGAAGACGUCGGACUGGGAGCAAAAUCUGUGUCUCGGAUUCGAAAAGAUUGGCAUCGACUGUACGGGCCGGUUGAGCGGCUUCAUCGCGCUGCAAAAGUUCCAGCUGCGCACAUCGAUCCAGUGGCCAGAGCGAGAGGCGGCGCUCAACGAGACGCCCCUUGUGCAGGCAUCUAUCGGAUUUAGCCAGUUCCGGGUGAAGGCCGCCUUUGACUACCAGGCGUUCCUCGUCGCCGACAUCACAUCCCUGGAGCUGCUCAUGUACAACGUCCGGCGUAGCCUUGAAGGCACCGGCGAUAGGCUUGUCGCCAUCUUUGACGGAGACGCCGUACAAAUAUUUGGCACCACGACGUCGGCAGCACAGGCUGUAUCCCUCUACCAAGCUUUCCAAAAACUUAUACAGGAGAGGCGGGCCAACUUUGAAAUGUCUCUGCAAGAGAUUGAAAAGUUUAUGAGGAGACGGUCAUACCAAAGCGCCGCCUUGUCUCCCCAUCUCACGAGCGCGCCAAAGCUUCCAGCCGAAGACACGCUGUCGAAAGCGCCAAUCUCACUGGACACGGACGUCGUUGUUACCCUCAAGGCGUUGAAUCUGGGUGUGUUCCCGAGCACGUUUUCCGAUCACCAAGUGUUCAAGAUGGAGGCGCUCGGUGCAGAGGCACGAUUCGCAGCCAGCAUCGAGCAGCGGCGCGUCCACAGCAUCCUGGCACUCACUCUCGGCCAGCUGCGCAUCGGACUCGCGGGUGUCAGGAACAUUGAAGCGCCCAAGACGCUCAGCGAGAUAUCAGUGGAAGACGUUGUCGAGAGAGCGACGGGGUCACGCGGGGGGACCAUUCUCAAAGUUCCCAAGGUGGGCGCUGUGAUGCAAACGUGGCAAACACCGAAUCGCAACCGCAUCGACUACAUCUUCAAGAGCGCCUUCGAAGGCAAAGUCGAGGUGGGAUGGAACUACUCGCGCAUCAGCUACAUCCGCGGCAUGUGGGCCAGCCACGCCAAGUCACUGGAGCAGACGUGGGGCAAGUUGCUCCCGCUCACGGCGGCUAUCACGGCUAUCAAGGUGACAGGAGUGCCAGAUACGGAGGGCGAACAGGCUGGUGGGACGUCGCAGCAAAAGAUCACGGCCGAGGUCAACGUGCCGCAGUCCAAGUACGACUACGUCGCGCUUGAGCCGCCGAUUAUCGAAACGCCUCAGUUGAGGGACAUGGGCGAGGCAACGCCGCCGCUGGAAUGGAUCGGGCUUCACAGAGAUCGGCUGCCGACUCUGACACACCAGAUAGUCAUUGUGGCGCUGCUUGAGCUGGCCGGUGAGGUGGAGGAUGCUUAUUCAAAGAUUCUGGGCUCAUGA